CAUCAACUUCCAACCCUCCCUCCCGCCCACCUUCGUCUCCCCUAUUGACUUCUGCGCUUCCACCACCUACCUUGAAUCGUUUCGAGAUCUGUCUGGCCUGCCACUGGAUUUCGAGGCAACCGGCCUCUUCAGCUUCGUCGACACUUCACGUCUCGCAACUGCUGUCGCACCAGCUUUGCCUGCGUCUGGAGCGCAUACAUUUGCUUACGACGAGUCGCCAAUUCGUGAAGCGGCUUUGAUCAUCAGCACACCCGGCUUCUCGGCCACGCCUCAGGCCAAGCAAUCGUUUGGAGGAAAGCCGCUGCCCAUUGCUUUCACCGCUCACUUUGUCAAGGAGCGCCAGACAUAGAUCCUGUAGGAUCACAUUCGCGCAUUCUUAACCUACUCUUCCCACUUGACAGAGUUCAGCAUGGGAUGCGGACCCUCGAAGCAGGACCGCGAGGGUCAGCUGCGUAAUCAGCAGAUUGAAGAGGAAUUGAGGAGGGAGCGUCAGGCCCAGAAGAAUGAGAUCAAAAUGUUGCUGCUGGGAGCUGGAGAGUCUGGGAAAUCGACAAUUCUGAAGCAAAUGAAACUCAUCAAUCACGGAAGCUACUCGAGAGACGAAAGGGACGCAUACAAAGAGAUCAUCUUUAGCAAUCUGCUGCAGUCCAUGCGAGUCAUUCUCGAUGCUAUGGAAAACUUGGACAUCCCCCUAGCAGAAGGAAACAAUGCGAAGCGAGCCGAGAUCAUCCUUAGCUUGCCUGCCCAAAUCGACGCAGACAGCCUUCCGAAUCAUGUGGCGGAUGCGGUAUUUGGCCUCUGGCGAGACCCCGGAGUGCAGGCAUGCUUCCAACGUUCUCGCGAGUACCAGUUGAAUGAUUCGGCUCAAUACUACUUCGACUCCGUGGAAAGGAUGGCUCAGCCGAACUAUUUGCCCACAGAUCAAGACGUGUUGAGGUCGCGUGUUAAGACUACCGGCAUCACGGAAACCCACUUCCAGAUCGGCGAGCUGAACUAUAAGCUUUUUGAUGUCGGAGGUCAGAGGUCAGAGCGUAAGAAGUGGAUUCACUGCUUCGAGAACGUCACCGCCAUUAUUUUCUUGGUUGCCAUCUCGGAGUACGACCAGCUGCUGUAUGAAGAUCAAAAUGUGAACCGCAUGCAAGAAGCUUUGACACUUUUCGACAGCAUCUGCAAUUCGAGGUGGUUCGUGCGGACGAGCAUUAUCCUCUUCUUGAACAAGAUCGACUUGUUCCAGCAAAAGCUUCCCAUGUCGCCAAUGUCCGACUACUUCUCCGACUAUACCGGUGGUUCUGACUACAAGGCAGCAUGCGAGUACAUAUUGAAUCGCUUCGUCAGCCUCAACCAAAGCGAAGCCAAGACUGUCUACUCCCACUUCACUUGCGCUACGGACACCAACCAGAUCAAGUUCGUCCUGAGCGCAGUCAACGACAUUAUCAUUCAAGUCAACCUGAGAUCUUGCGGUCUCUUGUAGAACUUGACUGUCAUUUUGCAUUCGCGCCUCAGAUGGCCGCGGGAUGGCGACACACCCCCAUGCCACCAAGACCACAAAUCUGAUUGCGCGUGUCGACUAGUGUCGUCCGGCAGUCAAGGCUUGACAUCGCAACGCAUCCCACCUCCCGCGCGCGAAGACCAGGGACAGGUUCUCGACGCGGAACAAGGCCUAGCUCCCACGACUUGUACAGUCAUCAUUUCACGACUAUUCCCGUAUUUUCCUAUUCAUUCCUUUCUGUUUUGAAUCCGUCCCGAGCACCUCGUAGGAUCUCGACUCCAAGCAACAAUUCACGCAUCAACUCGCUCAGCAUAGUGAGACAGAAGCACUGAUCGGAGGGGAGCAUCCUCGUCCAGUGUGUGUGGUUUUAGGGCGAGACCCUCAUGCACACACACGCCAAGUUGCUGUGAUGACUGCAUUCUUUGCUCCAGCCAGUAUGAACACCGCACAGCAAC